AUGCUGGGGUGGCUGACCCGCUGUCUGCCAGGGUUCAGCCUCAUUGCCUUGACCCUGCUGCUUCUUUGCGCUUUUACAGAUAUCAUCCAGUCACCCCUGCUUAAGGACUUCCUCCCGCCAAGCUUCAACCAACCGACCCAGGAUGGACCAUGGAGCGGGCUCGGAUGGGCGCAGAAGAUCUUUGUUGUUUACGCCGUUGUGCUUCAUGUCCACACAUUUGGUUUCACCUUUCGCUUAGGAUGGUCCCUCUACCGAGCUACAAAGGACGCAAGAAAGGUAUUCCAGCGUCGCCUCAGCAUGUCCCCGACCUUGACCCCCCAGUCUCCUCGAUCCGUAUGCGAAACUUACUCCGAUGAGCCACUCACGCCGGUUUCGCUGGAAGGGUCACCCGUUCCAUCUAUCGACAAGAAAAAUUUUGUCACAAUCAACGAGAUUACAGAGCAGGAGCUGGUUCAUGCGAUUAUCGUACCCAACUAUUGCGAAGACCUUCAGACCUUGGAAACCACGCUCAAGGUGCUGGCAAGUCAUCCGCGCGCGAGAUCGCGCUAUGAGAUCUACUUGGCGAUGGAGCAAAAGGAAGAUGCCGCAGCCAGCAAAGCCAGCCACCUAAUCUCCAAAUUUGAACAGUCUUUUCUGGAAAUCCACCCAACCUUCCACCCCUCGGGCAUUGCCGGAGAAAUCGCCGGGAAGAGCUCGAAUGUCGCCUGUGCUGCCAGGCACAUCGUGGAGAUCCACCGUAAAGAUCUGAACUUCGAUUGUUGCAAUGUCGUCGUCACAGUCAUGGAUGCGGAUACUCAUCUCUCUCGCGACUAUUUCACCGAGAUCCGUCGACUGCACUAUGCUCAUUUCGACGAAGCGAAUCGUUCGAUCUACUGUUGUCCCAUCAUAUUUGACCGCAACUCUCAUGAAGUGCCGAGCCUUGUUCGAUGCGCCGACUUGCUUUGGGGUUUUGCGGGCCUGUCGACCAUGUAUCCGGGAAAUUGGAUUUCUAUUCCAACCUCGGUAUACUCCCUGCCGCUCUCGUUGGCAGAGGAAGUGGGUGGAUGGGACAGUGACCCAACAGCCAUUGGUGAAGAUAUGCACAUGCUCCUCAAAUGCUAUUUUGAAACCGCUGGAAACGUCAUCUCUCGAGUUGUCCACUCCCCUGCUAGUCAGUGCAAUGUGUCGAGUGACAGCAGCCGUGGUUGGCGCCGUACGAUUGAUACCUGCUUCGCACGUUAUCAACAGGCGUUGCGGCAUAUGUGGGGAGCACUGGACACGGGCUUUGCGGCACGACGCACACUCGGAUAUCUUCGAUUCCACCAGCGAUGCGCAUUCCUGCAUCCCCGCCAUUUUGCCUUGCUGCUUCUUCUGUGGGAAGCUCACUUUCUGCCAGCCCAUCUGACGAUCGUGAUGAUCUUCUCCGUGCUUUACACCCUCUGGGUACCCGCCGCACAGAUGCAUCCGACUCUGGCUUGGGCAUUCACCACUACCGACCUGCUGCGAAUGUCUUCCUUGGUCGGAAUGAAUGUAUGCCUGAGCCUGUAUGAGCAGUGGCAUACCCUCUGUCUUGACUCUCGCAUGGAGGACAUGCGCAAGGCGGAUCUGCCCGACACCGGCUUUGCUCGACGUUUGUGGAACAAGCCUCAAUUCCUCUUUGACCGGAUCUGCUUCCCCGUCGCAGGUACAAUUUUCGGUGCUGUACCGACUCUUCACGCUGUUCUCGCCCACUUCUGGACCGACCGACUCGUCUAUCGUGUAAGUAAGAAGCCGACCUUUUCCUUGGAGGCGGUGGGAUUGGCAUGA